AUGGUGCUUUCUUGGUUGAUCAAUUCAAUGCAUUUUGAUGUGUCAAGUGGCAUUAUGUAUUGUGAGACUGCGAGGGAGAUGUGGCUUGAGUUGCAACGUGUGUUUUCUCAAGGAAAUGGACCAAAAAUUUAUAACCUUCAACAAGAAAUCUCUCAGAUAACUCAGAGUCAAUUGUCAGUGACUGAAUAUUACUCUAAGUUCAAGAAGCUUUGGGAUCAACUGCUUCAUUAUGAACCUUUGCCAGCCUGUACUUGUGGUGCGAUGAAGAUACUGAGCAUUGCUCAUGAGAAAUCCCAUGUGAUGAGGUUUCUAAUGGGGCUCAAUGAGAAUUUUGAGAUUGUGAGGAGUCAUAUUCUCAUGCUUGAGCCAUUUCCAUCAAUGAGCAAGGUGUAUUCUUUGAUUCUUCAAGAGGAGGCCCAUAAAGGAAUUGGUCAUGGUCAUGGUUCUACCUACAUUCCUAAACCUGAUUCAAUGGCAAUGUAUGUUAAUACCAAAGGGAAUCCUGGUAGCAAAGCUGGACCUAAGAAGGAAAGACCCUUGUGCACCCACUGUAACAUGCUUGGACACACUGUGGACAAAUGUUACAAACUCCAUGGUUAUCCACCAGGUUAUAAGCAAAAGGGGAAGUUCAAUGUUAAUCAAGUUUCCUUUCCACAAGGAGCUGCUGCUGAGAAUGCAUCUGCUCAAUGUCCUAUUACUAAGGCACAGUGUGAGCAGCUCCUUGCCCUUUUCAAGCCUGGUAUUGAUCAAGGUCAAAAUCAUCAUGUUGCAUCUGUCAGUACAAGUGGAAGUGUCUCUCGUUUGACUACUGAAGCUCAUGGUGUGCCUGCUGCAACUAGUGUGCCUCCCUCAUUAGCCCUUAACAAUUCCAAUUUUAUUGACACUAUGUCAGGUACUGCUUCCAGCCUUUCUUUCAAACCUACUUUGCAGCACUCUAUAUUUUCUGCCAAAAUAGUUGAUAAAGAGUGUUUUCAUACCACUGAUUGGGUCAUAGACACAGGGGCCACUGACCAUAUGGUACAUUCUGUCACUUGCUUUACUUCUAUCACCACUAUCUUGAAUACUCAUGUUAAUUUGCCAAAUGGUGAGAUAGCUUUAGUCACACACAUUGGUACUGUGAGGAUUUCAGAAAAACUUACUCUUUACAAUGUGUUAUGUGUUCCAUCAUUUAGUUUUAACCUCAUCUCUGUCAGUCAGUUAGCCAAAUCUAUUUCAUGUUGUCUUAUCUUCUUUGGGACCUUGUGCUUUAUCCAGGACCUUGCUCAUUGGAGCACACUUGGUUUGGGUAAGGAAUGCAAUGGGCUCUACCUGCUGGAAAGGAGCAACUCCACUUCACUAUCUGCUUCUAUUUCUGCUGCAAUACCUUCAGUUCAUAGCACUCAUGUAUGGCAUUCUAGAUUAGGACAUCUGUCUAAUGCCAAAUUAGUUCAAUUAGGAAUAAUGGUGAACCACUUUGUACUUCAGUUGAGGAUCUUGCUUGUGAAAUCUGCCCACUUGCAAAACAAAAACGUUUACCCUUCAAUAAAAGCUCUCAAAUUUCUGCUUCCUGUUUUGAUUUGA